AUGAUGAUGACAGUGGUGGGUGAUGAGGAGGAGAAGGAGGAAGAUGGAUAUGAUGGGGAUGAUGAUGAUGGGAAAUCACUUAACCUCUUUUCCUGUGACUUUAUGAGAAAUGCCAUCCGUGAGGGUUAUAGCCACUUGCGAUACCUCAUCCCUUGGGUAGUUAGAAUCGAAGAGCUGAUGGGUAUGAGUGUCCGUUAUAGCCUUUGUGAAUGGGAUCCGACGUCAACCUUCUUCCAGUUUGGAGCGUCCAUCCAGCAACAAGCCACGGUCAUGCUGAAGAUCAUGCAGGAUUAUGACUGGCACGUCUUCUCCCUGGUGACCACCAUCUUCCCUGGGUACAGAGACUUCAUCAGCUUCAUCAAGACCACCGUGGACAACAGCUUUGUGGGCUGGGACAUGCAGAACGUGAUCACCUUGGACACUUCCUUUGAGGAUGCAAAGACGCAGGUCCAGUUAAAGAAGAUCCACUCUUCCGUCAUCCUGCUCUACUGUUCCAAAGAUGAGGCUGUCCUCAUCCUGAGUGAGGCCCGCUCCCUGGGCCUCACUGGCUAUGAUUUCUUCUGGAUCAUCCCCAGCUUGGUUUCUGGGAACACAGAGCUCAUCCCAAAGGAGUUUCCAUCAGGACUCAUUUCAGUCUCCUACGACGACUGGGACUACAGCCUGGAGGAAAGGGUGAGGGAUGGCCUGGGCAUCCUCACCACUGCUGCAUAUUCCAUGUUGGAGAAGUUCUCCUACAUCCCCGAGGCCAAGGCCAGCUGCUAUGGGCAGACGGAGAAGCUGGAGGCCCCCCCUCACACUCUGCACCAAUUUAUGGUCAAUGUGACAUGGGAUGGCAAAGACUUGUCCUUCACUGAGGAAGGCUAUCAGGUGCAUCCCAGACUGGUGGUGAUUGUGCUGAACAAGGACCGAGAAUGGGAAAAGGUGGGAAAGUGGGAGAACCACACCCUGAGCCUGAGGCACGCCGUGUGGCCGAGGUACAAAUCCUUUUCAGACUGUGAGCCAGACGACAACCAUCUGAGCAUCGUCACCCUGGAGGAGGCCCCCUUUGUCAUCGUGGAAGACAUAGACCCGCUGACCGAGACGUGCGUGAGGAACACCGUGCCAUGUCGGAAGUUCGUCAAAAUCAACAAUUCAACCAAUGAGGGCAUGAAUAUUAAGAAAUGCUGCAAGGGUUUCUGCAUCGAUAUCCUGAAGAAGCUUUCUCGCACUGUGAAGUUCACCUAUGACCUUUACCUGGUGACUAACGGGAAGCAUGGCAAGAAAGUCAACAAUGUAUGGAAUGGGAUGAUUGGCGAAGUGGUCUACCAACGGGCGGUCAUGGCGGUCGGCUCACUCACCAUCAACGAGGAGCGCUCGGAAGUGGUGGACUUCUCCGUGCCCUUUGUGGAGACGGGGAUCAGUGUCAUGGUUUCGAGAAGCAAUGGCACGGUCUCGCCUUCUGCUUUUCUAGAACCGUUCAGCGCCUCCGUCUGGGUGAUGAUGUUUGUGAUGCUGCUCAUUGUGUCUGCCAUCGCUGUUUUUGUCUUCGAGUACUUCAGUCCUGUUGGAUACAACAGAAACUUAGCCAAAGGGAAAGCACCCCAUGGGCCUUCUUUUACGAUUGGAAAAGCUAUAUGGCUACUCUGGGGCCUGGUGUUCAACAACUCUGUGCCCGUGCAGAACCCCAAAGGGACCACCAGCAAGAUCAUGGUGUCUGUGUGGGCCUUCUUCGCUGUCAUAUUCCUGGCCAGCUACACGGCCAACCUGGCUGCUUUCAUGAUCCAGGAGGAAUUUGUGGACCAAGUGACCGGCCUCAGUGACAAAAAGUUUCAGAGACCUCACGACUAUUCCCCACCUUUCCGAUUUGGCACGGUGCCUAACGGCAGUACUGAGAGAAACAUUCGUAAUAACUACCCCUACAUGCAUCAGUACAUGACCAAAUUCAAUCAGAAGGGAGUGGAGGAUGCCUUGGUCAGCUUGAAAACAGGGAAACUGGACGCUUUCAUCUACGAUGCGGCAGUCUUGAAUUACAAGGCUGGGAGGGAUGAAGGCUGCAAGCUGGUGACCAUCGGGAGUGGGUACAUCUUUGCCACCACUGGUUACGGAAUUGCCCUCCAGAAGGGCUCCCCUUGGAAGAGGCAGAUUGACCUGGCCCUGCUCCAGUUUGUGGGUGAUGGCGAGAUGGAGGAGCUGGAGACACUGUGGCUCACGGGGAUCUGCCACAACGAGAAGAACGAGGUGAUGAGCAGUCAGCUGGACAUCGACAACAUGGCCGGCGUGUUCUACAUGCUGGCGGCCGCCAUGGCCCUCAGCCUCAUCACCUUCAUCUGGGAGCACCUCUUCUACUGGAAGCUGCGCUUCUGCUUCACCGGCGUGUGCUCCGACCGGCCAGGGCUGCUCUUCUCCAUCAGCAGGGGCAUUUACAGCUGCAUCCAUGGAGUGCACAUCGAGGAGAAGAAGAAGUCUCCGGACUUCAACCUGACCGGAUCCCAGAGCAACAUGUUAAAACUCCUCCGGUCAGCCAAAAACAUCUCCGACGUGUCCAACGUGAACUCCUCAAGAAUGGAUUCCCCCAAAAGGGCUGCUGACUUAAUCCAAAGAGGUUCCCUCAUCAUGGACAUGGUUUCUGAUAAGGGAAAUUUGAUCUAUUCAGACAACAGAUCCUUUCAGGGGAAAGACAACAUUUUUGGGGACAACAUGAAUGAGCUGCAGACAUUCGUGGCCAACAGGCACAAGGACAACCUCAAUAACUACGUGUUCCAGGGACAGCACCCACUUACUCUCAAUGAGUCCAACCCCAACACGGUGGAGGUGGCCGUGAGCACAGAGUCCAAAGCGAACUCCAGGCCCCGGCAGCUUUGGAAGAAAUCCAUGGAAUCGCUGCGCCAAGAUUCACUGAGCCAGAACCCAGUGUCCCAGAGGGAUGAGGGAGUGGUGGAGAAUAGGACCCACUCCCUGAAGAGUCCCCGGUACCUUCCGGAAGAGGUGGCCCACUCGGACAUCUCAGAAACUUCGAGUCGGGCCACGUGCCACAGGGAGCCCGACAACAGUAAGAACCACAAGACCAAGGACAACUUCAAAAGGUCCGUGGCCUCCAAAUACCCCAAGGACUGCAGCGAGGUCGAGUGCUCCUAUCUGAAAACCAAAGCGAGCUCCCCCAGGGACAAGAUCUACACCAUCGAUGGCGAGAAGGAACCUAGUUUCCACCUGGACCCGCCCCAGUUUGUUGAAAACAUGGCCCUGCCCGAGAAUGUGGACUUCCCAGACACCUACCAGGACCCCAGCGAAAAUUUCCGCAAGGGCGACCCCGCACUGCCCACAAACAGGAACCCCCUGCACAAUGAGGAUGCGCUCCCCAACAAUGACAAACAUAAAUUCUACGCCAAGCACUUCACCCUGAAAGACAAGAGCUCCCCUCACAGUGAGGGCAGCGACCGGUACCGGCAGAACUCCACACACUGCCGGAGCUGCCUGUCCAACCUGCCCACCUAUUCGGGCCACUUCACCGUGCGGUCCCCCUUCAAGUGCGACGCCUGCCUGCGGAUGGGCAACCUCUAUGACAUUGACGAAGACCAGAUGCUCCAGGAGACGGGGAGCCCGGCCGCCCAGGAGGAGGUCUACCAGCAGGACUGGGCGCAGAACAGCACCCUCCAGUUCCAGAAGAACAAGCUCAGGAUCAGCCGUCAGCACUCCUACGAUAACAUUGUCGACAAGCCCAGGGAGACAGACCUCAGCAGGCCCUCCAGGAGCAUCAGCCUCAAGGACCGGGAACGGCUUCUGGAGGGAAAUUUGUAUGGGAGUCUCUUUAGUGUCCCCUCCAGCAAACUCUCGGGGAACAAGAGCGCCCUCUUCCCCCAGGGUCUGGAGGACAGCAAGCGGAGCAAGUCCCUCUUGCCGGACCACACCUCCGAUAACCCUUUCCUCCGUUGCUAUGGGGACGACCGACGCUUAGUCAUCGGGAGAUGCCCCUCGGACCCUUACAAACACUCGCUGCCGUCCCAGGCCGUGAACGACAGCUACCUUCGAUCGUCCUUGAGGUCAACAGCAUCGUACUGCUCCAGGGACAGUCGAGGCCACAACGACGUGUACAUUUCGGAGCAUGUUAUGCCUUAUGCUGCAAAUAAGAACAGUAUGUACUCUACCCCCAGGGUUUUGAAUUCCUGCAGCAAUAGACGUGUGUACAAGAAAAUGCCUAGUAUUGAAUCUGAUGUUUAAAACCUUCCAUUAAUGUUUUAUCUAUAGGGAAACAUACGUAACUGGCCGAUGUGCUGGAGGGUAAAUGUCGGAUGUCCGAUGGUGCCCUGCCAAGAGGAAGAGGAUUUAGGAAGGUAUUUUUUUUUUGUUGGUUCUUUUGCACAUGGCUCCAUGCCAUAGUCUUCCACUCAAGGAAUCUUGUGAGGUGCGUGCUGAGCAUGGCAGAUACCAGAUAGGUGAGUCCUGAACCAAAAACACAAACACACACAAGGGCAGGUCUCCCAGACACGCCCACUAGGUAUGUUGGCAAUGAGAAUGCGUUGGAUGCUGAUGGUGAUGCUAUGAUUUCCUAUAUUCCAAAUUCCAUUAAGACCGGUCCACCAUGUGCUCCCCUCAUCAGAAAUGCCUAGUGGUCUCUCUCAUUCCAAAUAAGCAAUAUGGUAUGCAUGUACCCCUGACUCAAAACAGUUACGAAUGCAUCUGCACUGUAGCGAGAUUGACGUGCAAGAGAUUAGGAAAUUUGGCCUCGUACCCGUUUUCAGCCUUCAUGUUAUGCCUCCCAUCACUGCCCAGGCCCAACCCCAGAACUCCAGGCUCCCCCCCCAAAGAAUAGCAAAUCCGUGUGUUCACAGUCACUAUGCUACCUUCAUUAGAGUCCAUUUCCAAGACACAUCUGGAGUAAGGAGCCAGAAGGGCCCUCAGGCGGAGAGUUCUGAGCAUCUCUUUGGAUGUCAGCUUGUGCGUCUCACAGAACACUCUCUCACCCUUGGCUUCGAUGGUCUUGUUCAGAGCUGCACAAACACACCCAUGUCUCUGAUAUCUAAUUUGUGGAUCUCCUGUCUCUGACACAGCGGCUGUUGUAGUUUAUCCUGAAGACUCCUGUGUACGUAAGUUUGCGUCUCCCCCCCCUUUCUGGUGACGACUCAGGGUUGUAUAGUAUCUGUUACCCCUUCUUCCCUCCCAGACUGACCAUAACUCGUUCCAUCCCCAAAAGGCCAGGGUGGCAUCUAAUUACGUGUGUUGCUAUUCCCAGAGCUGUUAACAUGGUGGCACCCACCAGCAGCCAAAUGUGUCCUGUGAUCUGUAAGAAGUUCAAUGCCAGCCAUCUGCUGAAGCCUAGUGCUACCUGUUGCGUUUCUCUUCCUUCACGUCAUGAAAUUCAGUUGGAUGCUCGUUUCCACUCCAACCUCCUCAGAUCAAAAGCCUUCAAAACAUGAGACACUCAUGCAUCCACCCUGAGCAUCCUCCAAAUUGUGGGUCACCUUUGGUGGCAAAAAUGAUUGCUCUUUUCUGAAAUUUUCGCUCUUUUGGAGUCAAAACCACUUCACUAGCACCAACGGAAAUCUAUGAAAAAUUCUCCAAAGCAUUUGUCAUUUCCAAGUCACCCCCCCCCCCCGCAUUGUCUCAUUCUUACUUUACUCAGACCUGUGUCUAUGUGACCUGGAAUGAGACUCAUUUAAAACCACUGGGGGAGGAAGGGGAGUCUGCAGCAUGGGAAGCUCUCAGCACAGGGCCUGGCACCGAGAGCAUGCUGAGAACACAAAGGUAGUUGUUAUGCGAUAACAGACCAGAAUUUUGUAGUUUAAAAAUUAAAUAUUAUAAAACCCACAGACAAUAUUAAACAUUUUUAUAUAGUUCUAAUUUAGUGUAUUUUAACUUUACGAAUGACCCUGAAAUAGCUAGGAUAACUAGCCAUCUGGUCCUGUAGAGUCGCUGAGUCUGGCGACAUGCUGCAAACACCCUAAGCAAACUAGCCUGCCCUUCUCCUGGUUUCCUCCUGCAUUUUGCUUUGGGUUCUUGGAGAAGGGCACAGAGUGGCAGGUUGAAAAGUCACCCUGUUUCUUUUACUUACAGCAUGUUCUGUUCUGUAGGCAGUGUUUUCCUGCGAGCGGGCAGGGGCCAGGAAUAAUUAUCUUAGAGCUCGAGGAUUCAGCGAAUGGCUCCAUCUUUGGGCAGGUGCAUCCAGUAAUGAUAAGUGGUUGCAGUAAGUUUCGGGAUCAUCGGUGGGGAGGCAGAGGAGGCCAUGGGCGAGUAGGUCUUCCCGUCAGAAGGGGAGGGCUAGGCACUGAUGACAAAUGUAUCUGAACAUUGCAUUUUCUUUCUCGGAUGUUGCACUUCUGCUGCCCCAAGGCCCAAGAAUGGAGAAGCCCAGACUGAAGGGCCUCACCUCCAUUCCUACUCUUAGGCACACUCCUGGCUGUCUUGUCUUUUAGAACUUUCUGCCUUUGCCCUCCCAUUGCUUUCCAGACCUACAUUCCCCCAGCCAGGAUCACCUCAUUUCCCCCACAAGACCUGCAUGUCAUGACAUGAAAUGAAUUAAAAAGUCUCCCCAGCACAGAGAGCAGUGGUAUGUCAUUAAUCCAAAGAGGCUUUCUGUCUUCCUCCUGUGUCCUCAAAACCCAGAGGGGGCUGCCAAAAGUGACAGAGACCUCCAGGGAGAACGCAAAUUACACUCAGAACUGUUCCAUAGAUCAAAAACCCU